AUGUCCACCACGGAAAAACUCAAGUCUCGUUUCCCAGAUCUCAACUUCGUAAAGCCACUGCCCGUGGAAAAACACCCAAGAUACGAAAAGUUCGGAAUCACCUUCAAUCCCAACAAAAAUACAAUCCUGCGCAAAGGACAUGUGAAGGAGGCGGGUCGCAAGAACAUACUCGUCGACACAAUUGUGAAUAGUGAUACUCCAGUCAGACUUCGAGAUGGAAUCCUUGUGUACGCUGAUAUUUACCGACCGGCCUCCUCUGAUCAUGAUACUGUGCCUGCUAUCAUUUGCUGGAGCCCCUACGGAAAGACCAGUAUCAGUCUGGACAUGAUUUGGCAUCGAUCAGGAGUCCCCAAGGACUGGACAUCCGGUUAUGAGACCUUUGAGGGUCUCGAUCCCGCAGAAUGGUGCCGCCGUGGGUACGCAAUCGUGAAUGUUGAUGCUCGCGGGGCACAGUUCUCUGAAGGCACAUUUUUCUUUUGGGGAGAUCAGGAAGCCGAGGAUAUAUAUGACACGAUCGACUACUUGUCCAAACAACCAUGGUGCAAUGGCUCAGUAUGCAUGGGCGGAAAUUCGUACUUGGCAAAAGCCCAAGUGAGCUUUGCCUCCAGACAGUCUCAUCCUGCAUUGAAGGCACUGGCUCCUUGGGAGGGAUUUACAGAUAUAUAUCGACAACUUUAUCUCCGUGGUGGACUCGCUAUGAACAACACCUUUGCCAAGCAGUAUCAAUGGGGGGUAGCUGGUGGAGAGGGCGUCGAGGAUGUAGCACAAAUGGUGAAGACUCAUCCCUUGUUCGAUGACUAUUGGGCCCAGAAAUACGACGAAGUCUCGAACAUUGAUGUUCCACUCUACGUGCUAGGCUCAUUCGGCAAUCCGUUCCACGUCUACGGAUCAUUCGACACAUUUCGGCGGGCGAGAUCUACCUGCAAGUGGAUGCGAGUCCACCCUCGGUUUGAGUGGUAUGAAAUGUACGAGCCUAAGUCCAUCGACGAUUUGCAACGGUUUUACGAUCGUUAUUCCAAGGGGAUUAUGAAUGGCUGGGAGCAGGAUACACCCCCAUUGCGCCUAUCUCUUCAUGGAUUUGGAACAGUGCCAAAUGUUGUUGAAAGAGCGGAGACUGAAUUUCCAUUGCAACGGCAACAAUUGAAAACAUAUUAUCUGGAUGCUAGCAAGGGGAGUCUCCAUUCGCUUCUUUCAGACAACGAGGCUUCUGUCUCUCAUGAUAGUCAAGAUCUGAAUGCUUCUUCGGACUUCAUCAUCCAUUUCAACGAAUACACCGAGAUUGCUGGCUACGCCAAAGUGCGAUUGUGGAUGUCGUGUGAGGAAAGAGAUGAUAUGGAUGUCGUCGUUCAACUAAGAAAGAUCGACAGGUCUGGAAACCCUCUAAAGGGAAUUCAUUUCCCAUGUCCACUACCGGAAAGCGAGGUGCCAGAGUGCGAAACAGCGAAGCUCUAUGGACCUCAGGGGUUUCUGCGAGCCUCUUCCGCUAUAUCUCGUGAUGCGUCGCGGUCUAGUGCUGAUGAGCAAGAGGUCUUCUAUAAACAUGAUCGGGAGGAAAAGAUUCCAAAGGGGAGAGUUACUCCCCUGGAUAUCACACUUUGGCCAAUGGGUAUGGUUUUUGCACCCAACGAAGGGCUCAUGCUCCGUGUUGCUGGGCAUUUUCUAAGCGCCCCUGCCACGCCAAUGAUACAGCCGGAAAAACUUGAUAACCAGAACUUGGGUCAUCAUCAAAUUCAUACUGGUGGAAAACAUGAUUCUUGUCUUGUCCUUCCUGUGGUUGCUGGAAAUCGGACAUGA